AAGGUUUCCCCUUUGAAUUUUUUUCCCAGUUUGCCGACGCCAUUUUUGUUCGAGACAGGAUGACAGGAGGACGGAGCAGACGCGAAGCUCAUUUAUGAAAUAGGCUGGAUGACAAAAUAAAUUCUGUUUUCAAUGGUAUGGCCACAGAGGUGCUGGAACCACCGACGCAGCUGAGUUAAACGGGUGUUUGUUGUGCGCCUUCAAAGAAACUGUAAGGAUUUUAAAGGAAGUUUACAGGAUGUUCUGUUCGUUUUUCUAUGGCGUAGCUAAGCACCCGUCUUUUUAAAAAAGACAGUAUUUUUCUUUUUGCCUUUGGAGAGGGGCCUUCCGAUUAAAGAAAUAUUCAGUUUUCGUCGUUUUAUUUUAAAUAAAAGCAAAACAGAUGUGUAAUGCAAGAAAACGUUGAAGAAGGAGUAACAACGACCACCAGACAUUUUUCGGAUGUUUGCUGGCGAUUGUCAAGAAGUGAAUUUGUAGCUAACGUUAGCUAGUUAGCUGGCUGUCUAUAUGGCCAGUUAGCUGAACAACUGUUUAAGAAGACGGAAAACAAGAUUUACAUUUUCUCCUGGAAGGUCACGCACCGAAGGAUAACAUUCAACCAUGACAAGUAAUAUUCCAGCGGAUAUGAUAAACCUGAGGCUCAUCUUGGUGAGCGGGAAGACGAAAGAGUUCCUCUUCUCUCCCAACGACUCCGCCGCCGAUAUCGCCAAGCACGUCUACGACAACUGGCCAAUGGACUGGGACGAGGAGCAGGUCAGCAGUCCCUGCAUCCUGAGGCUCAUCUACCAAGGGCGGUUUCUGCAUGGCAACGUGACGCUAGGAGCCUUGAAGCUUCCCCUUGGCAAGACUACAGUGAUGCACUUAGUUGCCAGAGAGACAUUGCCGGAGCCAAAUUCCCAAGGUCAGAGGAAUCGUGAGAAGACCGGAGAGAGUAACUGCUGUGUGAUCCUGUGAACGCGCCCCGUUUCCUGUGCCCGUGGUGUAAUAUAGUCUUUGUCUUUCAUGCUGCUGAAACAGACGUUUAACCUUGCUUUGAGGACCAGUAGAGGCAGUUUGUUCAUAAGAAACCAGAUUAAAAAAAAAAAAAAAAGGAAAUGUCGCUCGGAACUGGAUCAUCAUAUUUUUACGUGUUUCAAACCUCAGUACCUGACGUCCUUCCUUUUAACCUGGAAUUUAGGAAUCGCGUCGACCCUGGUAGAGCAGUCAGUUUGCACACGAAAAGGGCAGUAUUUUUGCUUAUUGCACAGGGUAAUGAUGUGACAGUUGCUCUUAAAUCUCCAUGAAUAGGAAAGCGUAUGUUUGUCUAGCUCCAUUGAAGAGGCUUAUACCUGGUCAUUUUAGUAAUCCUAUAGUUUGUUUGGGAGGGGUUUGGGUCUUCCAUGCAGGUUCAAGAUGGCGUAUGAGGAUGAGGUGGGGUUUAGUUGGGGAUGAAACGGAAAUGUUUAGCAUUUUACCGCGUUCUUCUUCCCCUGUCCUUUCACCAACACAAUGCAGACCGCGUGAAGCUGUAGCAUAUCUUGUAACCACUCAAGCUACACAUCAUCCAUCGUUUUUAUGAUUACUCACGUUUAGCAUUGUAAGACUAAUCAGUAAUGUGCCUAUAGUCUGAAUGCAAUCAGUGAUGAGUUUACUUUUUAAAAAUUUUCCCUUCAAAAAAUAAAAUUCUGUCAGUGCGGUCCAGAAGUGCAGAUGAUGGACACAUUCCCCAGUAAUAGCAGGGUGCAUUUCCUGGCCUUAGAUUUUAUUAUAUCGCCAAGACUUCAUCGCAAACCCAAAGCUGAUAUUCACAGCAUUUAUCCCAUUGCGUUUGUGACUGUGUUUUGACAGUCAUUGUGCGUCAUGUGACCCUUAAUUACCCAGUGUUGUGUCCAGCUGUGCGGAGUGGUUGUAAUUACACCUUCAGAAAAAGAAACGGAUAUUAUAUUUUCUUUUCCCUUUGAACAUAGUAUAGCUCAUUUUAGUGCCUGCAGUCCAAGUCUGAGGGUAAAUUAAAAUCACAUUUCUUAAAAAAAAAAAAAAAAGAAUGAAAUAUUUUCUUUGCUUAAUCAAUUUGCACGACAUUGAAGCAUGAGCUGUUUCAUCUUAACCUGUACAUUUUUUAAUGAAAUAUUUUUCAGAUGAGAAUGGUGUUCCAACCUAUGGACACACAUGUGUAGAAUAUAUAUGUUUAAUAUGAAUCUUAUAUGCAGUAGUACAUACAUCCAUGACAGAAGAUAUUACUGAAAUAUAUUGGUGUUUAGUGUAGGUUGGUCUCUAUACAAUAGAUAGCUUAUUAGGGGUUGAAACAUGAUGACAUCGUCUUGUACCUGAAAUGGCACACCCUAACAGAUAACUCAAGUUGCUGUAAUAAGUAUGUUUCCCUCUCUGACCUUAUCUCCCCUAUCUUUAAACUGCUUAUACAGUAAUUUAAUGCAAUCACUUAUUAUGUGGUUAUUGCUUUAAUAAAAAUGCAGCAUAAGGCAGUUCUAGGUCUUUAAGAAUAUUGUUCAUAUUGAUCAAGAUUCAGAGCAGUUUUCAAACUGAUUGUAUAUAGCAUUGCUUUUUUUUUUCUUCCAAAAAAAAAAAAUCUGUUAAAGUAAAUAAAUAAUAUUGAAGUGUA